UCGGUUUGGAUCACGAGGUGGGAGUUUAUAGAGGUACCGCCUCGCCUGGCUUUGUGCACGCCUACGAGGCUGCAUUUGCGAAUUCCGGUGAUGAGGUUGCAAUCGGGUGCGUGGGAGGAGAAAUGCUGGAAAUUUUUCAGUUUGGAUGCCAGAUCCGUUCUAGGUUACUAUUCGCUGAGCUGUUCCUUGCAGCAGGGUGGGCACUUGUUCUUGGACGUGGAUGACUUGGCGAAGCAGGUGUCGCAGUCUCUGACGAGGCUGGAGGCGAUUUCGAAGGAGAUGGAGCGCGCAAUGGAGCGAGAGUUGCGUUUGGACGAGAGGAUAGAAGAACUGAACCGGACGCUGCACCUGCUGAGGCCGAAGGGCCACUUCGGGUGUCGGGUAUCUCUCCAGUUCGACGAGCAUCAGGUGAGAUGGGAGGACAGAUGGGUGCUGACCAUGUGGGUGACGACGAGUACGGAGAGUUGCUUGAGUAAAAAUUGGAUGUUGGUGGUGCGAGUGAUCCAAGGAGGGGUAAAUCGUGUGUAUUCCAGCAGCGUUUCACCCUUCGGAUCAACUGAGAGCAGCGACAUGGCCGAAGGAAAAGGCUGGAUGUUCAGAUGGGUCGUGUACCUUCAAUCUCACGAGCCCGUUGAAGUGGCGUGCUACUUGGUGUAUCACGUUUCUGAAUGGUAUCCCAACGUAAGUGAGGGAGACAGUCUGAACUUGAACGAGCCCUCCGGUGGUUUCGAUGGCCACGUGGCUUAUUUGUACCUUGGAACUCAAGAAUUUGACCUGCUGGAUUGGAUUGUUUGCGCCAAGAAAGGAACUUCCUUGGGCGCGCUUCAGAACGGUACAUGCACUCUCCUUCCGUUUCGCCAGCAGCUGUGCGCUAUUCUUUCCGAAGGCGUGCUCGACGCGGCCAAUUCGGGUCCUCCCGGAGACGAAUACGUGGGGUCGGACAUCAGGAUCGGCACCCCUCUUGUCACGGACGGAUCGAACUUGGAUGCCGACCUGUCUCGAAUCUUCGGGCGCAGGCUCGACGCCUGGACCAAGUCGAAUGACUCCGCAUGCAACAACGCCUCAAGCAAUGGCUCGGCGACCGACACCAGAUCCUUUUUUUUGACGAGUGGAUUUCUCCAACCGCUUUCCAUAAAAAUAAGGCAAGAAACUCUAAAACUUUCGGUCUCUUCUGAAGAGCUGACAACGAGCAUCAGCGGUCGCCUGCGCGUCUCCGAUGUGAUCGACAUACCCAUCUUGGCCCUCUCAAUGUUCAGCCCUCGCCAGGUAAGCUCCCUCUUGAGGGCAGCGGUUCUACAGCGGAUCGCGCAAUCUUACGAGCUCGGUGACCAGCAGUUGGACUUUCCAGCCCUGCGCUUGAACCCUCCGGCCAUUUUGUCCAGGCAGUACUUCGGAGAAGGAAUUCAGGCACUCAACGCAACUCUGGAGGGCGUCAGGGUCGACAUGCUGGGUAUUGGUGACAGACUCGACGCGCUUUUCCAGAUCCAGUCAAACCCAACGCAUCCUUCCAUGGUCGACAUCUCCCGGAUUUCCUUGGAGCUACAAGACCAAAUCAGAGCCGCUUACCGUACGACCAGAGCCCACAUUUCCGACAAUUUGAUUUGGUAG